CUUGGUAGUUAGUUCUAAGACAAUCUUAUAAGCCUGCAAAGAUAUAUCUAUUAUCGUAGUCCAGGGUGCUUAUGCUAUCCAAAUUAAUUCACCUAAGAGGUAGCUAAAAGAAGACUUGCACUACUAUAUUAGGUACCUAUUCGUGUUCUCACUCACCGGCCCAAGUCAUCGUCAUCGCCAUGGCCGCCCCCGGGAACAGGUUCUUCAUCCAGGAAAAGCUCGCGCAGACGGCGCCGCACCACGAGAGUUUCAAGGCGCUAUGGGAGACGAAGUGGAAGCAACCUUGCGAGAUGGGCGUGUACCCGUUCAUGUUCGGCGCGAUCCAAGACUUCCAGCCGGUCGUCGACGACAUCGUGGCCAAGGGCCUCCAGCGGCCGUACGACUGGGACGCGUACGCGCAGUGCUUCUUCCCGAAAGCGCGGGAGCUCGUGGCGCGCGCGGAAGAGGCCGAGAGGGACGGCGAGGUGGAGAAGGCUUCCGAGCUGUAUUUGCGCGCCUCAGCCCUCUACCGCAUAGCGCGCUUCCCCGCGCCGCGCUCCGAGCAGCAGCGGCACGCGUGGACGCGCGGCAAGCAGGCGGCGCGGAAAGGGCUCGGGCUCUCGCGGCACGCGAUGGUCGAAGUGGCGAUCCCGCACGCGCGGCACGCGGCGGGCGGCGACGGGUGGGUCCUCCCGGCCUUCUACCACCGACCCGCUCCGAAAACGGCAGAGACAGAUACCAAGUGUCCGCUCGUCGUCGUGUUCACGGGCCUCGACGGGUAUCGCACGGAGCUCGCGGUGUGGAAGGACGGGUGGGCGGAGCUCGGGUGCGCGACGCUGGUGGUCGAGAUCCCGGGGACGGGGGACAACCCGGGGGCGGCGGGGGAUCCGGAGAGCGCGGACCGCGUGUGGAGCAGCUUGUUCGACUGGGUCGCGGGGCAGGACGGGAUCGACCAGAGCCGGAUUGUGAACUGGGGGUUCAGCACGGGGGGGUACUACUCGAUACGCGUGGCGCACACGCACGCGGAUAAGUUGAAGGGGGUGGUCGCGCUGGGGGGAGGCGCGCACCAUAUGUUUGAUCCGGAGUGGUUGGAUGCCGUUGACGAUUUGGAGUAUCCGUUCGAUCUAGCCCAUACGCUUAGCCACAAGUUCGGAUACGCAGACCAGGACUUCGAUAAAUUCAAGAAAGAAGCGCGAGACAAGUUCUCCCUGCUGGUGACGGGAAUACUGGACAAGCCGUGCACGCGCCUGCUCCUGGUGAACGGGACGGAAGACGAGAUCUUCCCGAUCGACGAUUACUACCUGUGUCUACAGCACGGGGGGCCGAAAGAAGCUCGGUUUGUCCCGGGCGUCAAGCACAUGGGCGAGCCGCAGUCGUUCUCGAUCAUCCUGCAGUGGCUCUUCAAGCUGCUUGAUAUCCAAGGGGACGUGGGGAAGUUCCUGUUGACUAUCCCGUCUAAGCCGAAAUAUUAACUGGCUAUAUGAAAUUCGCUUGGGGGUUUGAGCAUAUACACAAAUUAAACAUGUAUAAUAUAACGCACUCAUAGCAAAUCCUUAAUAGAGAAAACAUUAGGGGUAUGAUUGAUUUAUGACUGAUGUUUGCUGGUAAAUUAAUUAUUACCUAUGCCGAGCAUAUUGAAACACCACGGGCCGUAACACAUAUAUAAUCUAUCAAUUCGUUCGCCUCGUUGCAUGCUUCUAUCUUUAGUUUUGUUUGUUUGUCUGUGUGUGUUUUCUUUUGCCCCUUUCUCGGUACCAGUUCCAUGCAUUUACCAGUACCGGUACAAUAAUACUACGUGCUACCUAGAUCCAACGUGACGAAUCACUUAUUAGAUUAAAUAAAAUAAAAAGAUGAUCAGCGCGG